UUUCUUUAGUACUUAAUAUCAUCAUUCUGCGAUAGUGCAUCAGAGUUAAAUUUAAAAUCACUCUACUAAUAUCUCAUUGACUUUAAUAUCAUCAAAUUCGAAAAAACAAAAAAUAAAUUAUGCAGUUAUUUUAUCUGCUUAUUUUCAUUUCUAUUCAUCUGUGCGUUUCGACUUCAAAUAAAAAUAGUAACCGUGACGUCAGUUUUCCGCAUUCUUAUGAUACUGAUAAAAAUAUUGAAAGACUGAAUCCGCGAUUCAGAAUCAAGCGAUCGAAACCAAAAGUCAUUGGAAUAUUUCCCGGAACAAAAUGGUGUGGUCCAGGUAACAUUGCAAAACAUACUAAUGACUUUGGACCCCACCGUGGGACAGAUCAAUGCUGCCGAAAUCACGAUUACUGUGAACCAAAAAUUCCAAAAAAGGACAAUAGAUAUGGAAUUGAAAAUAACGGGAGCUUGCCCAUAUUAAGCUGCAUGUGUGACUUGAUAUUCUACAACUGUCUUACAACAGAUAAUUCGGCCACAAGCCGUACUGUUGGAUCUCUUUACUUCAAUUCGUUGCAUGGAAAAUGUUUUUAUUUUGAUACCGAUGAUGAAACAUAUAAAUUGAUAAGAAUCCCUAAUUUUAAUGAUAAUUCAGUUAUUAAUUUCAAGAAAAAAUUCACUAAAAAUGCUUCGAAAAAUAAUCAACGUCCAAAAAUUAACUGAAUAUUUUUUAAUUAAUGAAUUUUCAUUAUCGAUGUCAUUAAUUGGGUUUAUCUGAUAAUUAGAUUUAUUUUUUGAUAUUCUCUUACAAAGUGACAGCUCUGAAUUUUUUAAUGCAAAUUUGAAAAUUUAUUUUUCAAAAAUUUCUUAUAGAUUUUUAUUAAAUUGCACAAAAUUUGCCGAAGCAAUUGAU